AUGACUAUUUUGCCCCUGUCUGUUUUUGUAUAUGUGGGAUGCUCUGAGAACCUGGACUUGCAUUUAGCUCCAAUCACACUAGUGAAACUAAACCCAAAAGAUGUUGUAUCAUUUCCAAAACUUAUUACUCAGGGAAGUAACAACCAAUCACCCUUCUGUUUUCAUCCACCAAAACCAGAUGAUGUUGCUACAAGUGGACACCAAAGCUAUACCCAUCCGUACACCAUGGAUCCUUUGAUCAUCCUGUUAGUUACAUGCUUUUUGGUUGUUUCUUCAAAUGACAGGGAUCCUUCCUAUCAACUAAUAUGA